AUGCAGAGCCCCCCGACCGCACAACGACAGCAUCGCCGGUCGCCCGCCACAGACUCUGACCAGACCGUCUUCUCCAGCACCUCCAGCAUGACCGACGAUGCCGGCUCCAGGACGUCGUCGGCGUCCAACCGCUCUACCGGCGGCCAGUCGCGCCGGCCCAUGAAUCCCCAGCAGCAACUCUCUCAAAUUGAGAAAAGCGUCACGCACCUCCUAGUCGCCACGAAGCAGCUUCUCGAAACGCUCACUCUGUGGUCGCGCGGCACCGCAACCGAGAGCGAAGUCUCUGACGUCUAUGUGCGUCUCGGAUAUGAGUUCAACAUAGCCUCUCGCGCCUUCAACGCCAUCGGCGUGGAUACAACCGACUUGGGAAAUGUCCCAGAGCUUCUCCGAAGCAUUUUGGAGGAAACCCUCAGUCAGGAAGCUUCUCAAGCAAGCCUCGACCGAUUUCUUCCGAGGAUACGAGACAUCAUCAUCAAUCUGCUGCAUGGCCUGAAGAAAAAGCAGCAGAGGCUACGCCAAAGAAGUGGCAGGGACUCGUCUGGAUCCAAUGGGUCGAGCUCUCGGCAUGCGAGCGUGGGCGAGGAUGAUGCACAAAGACAAAGGCUGUCGUCACGCCAGGGGAGUGCGGACCUGGGACAUGAGCACCCCGAUCUUCCUCCGCGGACUUCGUCUGCUCAUGGCAGGGCGUCGCCCAACAAGUACGAAAGUCCAGCCGGGCAUUCGCGCGUCCGGUCUACCACUGGUAGCCGUGACGGGCUGAACAACUCUGAUUCUUCACUUUCGAGCAACACCACUCCAAACAUUCCCAUCAUCACCCCGUACCCUGAAGACGAAGGUGGCAUGCCCGCGACAAAUCCAUCGAUUCCUGAGAAUUUUCCACCGCCGCCCCCUCCUCCAAAACAGCAGGAUGCUCUAGCUGCGCUCCAGAGGGGUGGUGAGCUGGAGAGGAGAGCUUCUAGGAGGUUUUCGGCGUAUCAAAUUCAAAAGCAUCUAGGUGCCUCGAAUGGCAUCCCGAUGAUGCCGCCAAGCCAGAACUCCCCGAUACCCAACCGUGGACGCGAUGUCCGGGAGUCCAUGAAUGCCGUUCGCAAACGCGGCUCGCUGCUCCACAGCCGUAAGCAAUCCACUCAGCAGGCAGCUGUCGAUGCUUCUCCCAGCGCAAACACACUGGCAUCCCGUAGGAUCUCCGAAGAAAGCAGUCAGAGCGAUGCUCUUGCGGCUCCUUCAACCCUGCCGCCCACUGAGGAGGAAAGCUCAGCUGCAUCUGCCACCGAUAGUCAAGAAGCUCAGAAUGACGAGGGAGAGGAGAAGCCUGCAGUCGGCGGAGCAGUAUCUGAACCCGUCGAUGUCCCCGCCGCAGAGGAUGAAGACAACGACGAGAAGAGCAUCAAGCGCCAAGCAGUCGUCACGCCUACUCGCAGUGUUUCUCAUAAAAUGAAGCCCUCGACGCCUCCGCAAAGUCAGGAGUUCAUUCCGGACCAGUCACCGCAGCCUGGUAAGGAAUUGACCUUGUUCUUGCAGUACAAAAGCAAGAUCAAGAAGUUCGUUCUUCAAGAUGGCUACAACGAUUUGUCCAUUGCGCGUCUGCAGCUCGCCUUUAUCGAGAAGUUUGCUUGGAACACUCACAACAAUGGUGUCGAUCUUCCUGAGAUCUACAUUCAAGACCCAAUUUCUGGCGUUCGACACGAACUUGAAGAUCUGAGUGAUAUCAAAGAUCGCGCCGUACUUGUCCUGAAUGUGGAGGCGCUUGAUGAAGUGAAACGUCAUUUUGAUGACGGUCUCGGCGACAUCCGCAAGCUUGUUGAGAGUGUCAAGAGCGCGGUGGUUGAUCAGCAAUUGGCUCUUCAGCGAGUCUCAGACCGCCAGGCUCAGGCUGCGAAGGAAAUGGCUGGCUUGUCCGUCGCUCCAUCCGCCCGUAGCUCGAUUAUAUCGCCUCGUGCGCCGGCCAAAUCCGGAUCGCCGACCCUCAAGGAUUCUGCAGCACAGCUCGACGAGAUCCAGUCUCUCAGACGUGAUCUCGCAGUCGUCCGCCAGACUUACUCAUCCUUCGUAUCGGACAUUGAGGCGAGCAUGGGCGCAAUUCGUUCGAAGGCUUCCUCUGUAAAGAGCGCAGCAAUCAAUGCUGAGGUUCCCACUUUGAGUGGUGAAACAGGCCGCUCGUACGUCAACAAGGGCAAGAAGACCCUGAACGACGAUUCCGAAAAGAUCGUCAACCGUGUCGACGAUCUGCAGGAUCUUGUGGAGGAUCUGCGGAAAGACGUCGUCUCUCGCGGCGUGCGGCCUCGUCCCAGGCAGCUCGAGGCGGUUGCCAAAGAGAUCUCCAUCACCACCGCAGAGGUCAAAAAGCUUCAGGAUUUCCUCAAAAAGGAGAAGCCAGUCUGGACCAAGCUCUGGGAACAGGAACUGCAGAUGGUCAUGGAGGACCGGGAGAUGCUCACAAUGCAAGAGGAGUUGGCUUUGGAUCUGCAAGACGACUUGGAGAAGCUCUCAGAGACCUUUGGCCUUGUGGAACAGGCCACAAAGCAGCAGAAUUCCUCGGGAUCCGGCAAUCGCCACACCAGCGGCAGGAACAUGCAUGCGAUUGCUCUCGAUACCUCGGCCGAUCCUCGUGAGGCCAAGGACGGAAUGCUCAAUGAAGUCAGAGCUCUUGAGCCUAACCAUGAAAGCCGUGUGGAGGCUAUUGAGCGCGCCGAGAAAAUCAGGCAGAAGGAGCUUGAAAGCCGCAAAGAGGGCGAGUUCCAAAGAGAGCUCGGCAAGUUCGUCGAGGAAGGCAAGCUCAAAAAGAGCGGCGGCGUCGAGGAGGUUGAGCGCUUGCGACUUGCCAAGGAUGAGAAAAUUCGAAAGGAGGUUUUCGAACUUCAAGCAAAGAGAGCUGCAGAAGCCGAGGAAAGAAGGCGCCAGAAGGCUGAAGCUAGGAGGCAGGCUCAAGCUGAGGCAAAGGCAGCCGCCGCAGCUGCAGAAGCUGCAGAUGGCGAGGCUCCAAAGGCAGAGGGAGAUUCGGCUGAAAACCCAGCCGAAGCCGAGGCGACAGAGGAAAAGAAGGAGGAGCAGGCACCCACCGAAAAUGGUGGUGAGAAUGCUUCGUCCUGA